AAGAGCAUGAAACUAGUUUUUUUAAACAUGCGGCAUCGAAGGUCUCCUAUUUUUGCCCGCCCGCAAAUAAAAAUGACUUAAUUUUUGGAGGGAAAUUCGAAUCGGCUGGCGUUCGGUUAGUUUCGGGUCUUCAAAGGGAGUACUGUGGCGACUUUUGAGGUUUUCUGGUUGCCAGUGAGUCAAACGCAGGGUCAUCAGGCUAGGAGGGAACCCUUAGUGCAGCGCACCGAAGGUCACUUCCAAGAAACGGACCACAAGUGGGAGGAUUUUAAAGUAACUAGGUGUGCGUGUUAGGGUGAUUUAAUGAAAAUUGUACUUCAGCAACGAUAUAACAAGACGUAUUAUGGCUCGCACGACGCACGAAGGAAAUUAGCUUGGGAAUCUAACUUAGAGAAAAUUCGAAGACAUAACGAAGAGGCCAAUAAAGGUUUACACUCCUUUUAUAUAAACGAUAAUCAUUUGAGUGACAUGACCACACAAACCUAUUUACAAAAAAUGGUAAAAUUAACAAAGAGUAGACACAGAAAAGUAGACCCGGAAACUGUAGGCGACUUCUUUGAAAUUCUUCACCACAUCCCUGAUGAAGUUAAUUGGGUCGAGAAAGGUUUCGAAACACCUACAUACAAUCAAAAAGACUGCGGUUCCUGUUACGCUUUUAGUAUUGCGGGGGUCCUUCAAGCUCAAGUCUUCAAACAAACAGACGUUUUAGUGCCACUGAGUGAGCAGCAACUAGUGGAUUGUAGCGUCUCCACGGGUAAUUAUGGAUGCGGGGGUGGAUCCUUAAGGAACACUCUUAAAUAUCUGGACAAAUCUGGAGGACUGAUGACUUACAUCGACUACCCGUACUUAGCUAGACAACAGAGGUGUCGUUUUGAUAAGAAUCGUGCUUUGGUGAAUGUGACAACCUGGGCUAUCUUACCUGCGAGAGACGAAAGGGCUUUGGAAAUAGCGGUGGCUAAGAUAGGUCCGAUUGCGGUGUCCAUCAACGCAAGUCCGCAUACUUUUCAGCUGUAUCAUUCUGGUUUGUACGACGACGUUGGUUGUAGCUCGAACGUGGUGAAUCACGCAAUGUUGGUUGUCGGUUAUACGAGAAACGCUUGGAUUUUGAAGAAUUGGUGGGGUAGCCAUUGGGGCGAGAAGGGUUAUAUGAGGCUAAGAAGAGGCAAAAAUAGGUGCGGUGUUGCGAAUUACGCAGCUUAUGCUCUGGUUUAGUUGUAAGAAAUGUGUAAUUGGGAACCUUUUAUUAUUUAUUUGAGAUGACAUUCAACAGUAUAAUGAAACAUUUUGUUUUUUACAAAUUUAAAAAAUACUAUAUUCAAAAAC